UUAAAACAACACAACAAGAGCCAGAGUUUGAAGUAAGUUUAGCCUUUACAUAGAUAUAAUAAGCAUGGUUCGUCUCUCAAACCCACGUCGUUCAUCACUAGACUUUUGUUUUCAGCAGAGAGAAAAACUAACCUCUACCUCCACUCUCCAUUUUUAGGCAUUUGCCAGAGUGAGAUUAAUGACAAAAUACUUCAGCCUAAACACAAAACACCCAACUUUCCUUUUUGUUACGUACUCAGAAUUUGAAAUGGACGUUUCUUGCGGGUUGGCUCUUUUACUUUAGCUGCUCUUUCUUUCUUUUGUUCUUGUUUUUUUUGAGCUAAAGUAAAGAAAGAAAUAAAGAGAGAGAGAGGAAGGAGAAGAUAUGGAAAAGUUAAGCCAUCUCUACUUGACAAUCUUUCUUUACAACUUCUCAAUGUUUAUGGUGGUUCCAGCCAUAACCGAUGUUACUAUGGCUGCACUUUGUCCUGGACAAGAUGAGUGCUCUUUCGCCAUCUUUCUUAGCGGAUUUCAACAAGCCAUCAUAGGGCUUGGGACACUGGUGAUGAUGCCUUUGGUAGGAAAUCUGUCGGACAAAUAUGGUAGGAAAGCUUUGCUUUCUGUACCAAUGGGUCUUGCCAUAAUUCCCUUAGCAACAUUGGCAUACAGCAGAAGUAAGUACUUCUUCUACGCAUAUUAUGUGCUCAGGACCCUCACUGCCAUGGUUUGCGAAGGAAGUGUCCACUGCCUUGCUCUCGCCUAUGUGGCAGACAGUGUUCCUGAAGGGCUGCGAGCGUCGGCGUUUGGAAUCCUUUCAGGGAUUGGAUCAUCGGCGUUCGUUUGUGGAACACUAUCUACUCGUUUCCUCUCCACUGCCUCCACUUUCCAGGUUUCGGCCUCAGUGGCAAUAGUGGCCUUAGUGUACAUGAGGGUUUUCCUUCAGGAUUCAAUCGUUGAUGGAAACCUGUCUACACCAAUACUCUCCAGUGGAAAGAGAAAAGUUGAUGCGAUUGGAAAUUCAAGUAAGAAAGUGCAGAUUUUUAAAACCAUGCCUUCCUUGGAGGAUAUGCUUUGCUUGCUUAAGAGCAGUGUUACUUUGUCACGAGCUGCUGUCGUUGCGUUCUUCAUCAAUCUUUCGGAACAUGGCCUUAAUUCUUCGUUAAUGUACUACUUAAAGGCUCGUUUUCACUUUAAUAAGAAUCAGUUUGCUGACUUAAUGGUAAUUUCUGGGAUUGCUGGGACCAUUUCACAGUUACUUCUCAUGCCCAUACUGGCUCCUGCUUUAGGAGAGGCAAGGUUGCUCUCAAUAGGGCUCUUUUUUACAUGUGCACAUACGUUUCUUUACAGCAUUGCAUGGUCCUUCUGGGUUCCUUAUGCUGCUGCUAUGCUCUCCAUUUUGUUUGUGUUUUCACAACCAUGCAUGCGGACCAUUGUAUCGAAGCAAGUUGGGACCUCUGAGCAGGGUAAGGCUCAAGGGUGCAUCUCAGGCAUAGGUUCCUUUGCCAAUGUUGUUUCUCCCUUAGUGUUCUCUCCUUUAACAGCUUUGUUCCUAUCUGAAAGUGCACCAUUUCAUUUCCCUGGUUUCAGUAUUAUGUGCGCCGGACUUGCAUCGAUGAUAGCCUUGAUUCAAAGUACCAUGAUAAGGGUGGCCCCUCCCAUUUCAAAUGAGAGAACCAGUAAUGGCAACUACGUGGAUGCCUAAUCAUGAUAAGGUGGCUUCAAACUACAACUGUUGCUUUACACCUUCAGAUUGAGCCUUAAUAUUUUAUAGAAAACCUCCCAUCUUUGUGUAAUAGGGAAGUAGUAGAUUUCUGGGUCUAGAAAAUCUUUAAUUGAAGUUGAAACCUAGCACUAUUGGAUGUAGGAGUAAACCAACCAUUUGAUGUCGUGGGUAGCGAGUUUAUCUCAUUGAAGAGCAUUCAGAUUCACUAGAGACUCAAAAUGUCAGAGUCUAAAAUGUAGAAGUGGAUCAAUGAUCACAGUACUGGAGUCUGUACGAUGGUGUACUGUUGUCAGUUUUAUUUUAAUAGUUGGCAGUCCAUGGUAUUUGCUACGUAUGGCAAGAAAUGGAAAUGCUCUGUUUAUUCGUGUUCGCCUCCAAGAAACUAAGAGGUGGGAGUACUUGUAAAAUUACAUUGUUGGCAUUAAGUCAAUGGUUAACUGGGGAAGGGAAAAUUCUGAAAAAUAAAUUUGUUGGGGAAGGAAAAAUUCUUCUUCUA